UUAUAUAGUUUCACUAUUUUUAUGUAAUGUAAAGUGUGUUAUUAUUUGAAAUUACAUUGCAUUAUAAAUAUAGAAAAUGUUUAUUCAAUAAAUAAAUAUAUAAAUAUAAAUGAUUAUAAAGAGAGGAUUUUACAACAACACGAUACAAGUAAUAAUAACUUAACAAUCACUUUACCAUGACGUGCAAAUUUUGAAUUUUCAAAUUGAAUCUUGAGUAUCCACAUACAUUUAGUAAAAAUGAUAAAAAUACCGGAUGAAAUUAACCUCGAGAAUUACACACUGAUACUUCCGUCAGUGGCUGUUGGAAACGUUGGACAAUUAUGUAUUGAUUUAUUAAUAUCUAGCUUGGAUAUGUACAAAAUUGGAAGUUUAUGGAAUUCUAUGUUUCUUCCAAUAUGUGGACUUGAUCCUUAUAAUAAAAAUUCUACUUCUCUUUGUACUACUGCUGACUUUUACCUUGGAAGAUGCCAUAAUAUAAUUCUUUUACAAUUACGUUCACCUUAUGUUGGCAGUUCAAAUGACUUCUUUAAUGAACUAGCACAAUUUAUUCAACGAAAGAAAAUUAGUAAGAUAAUAAUCCUAACCAGCAGUUAUGAUUAUGAGUGUGCAAAUAGGUCAGAGUAUAAAAUAAGAUACCUUACCUCGGAUGAUUCUUUAUUGAAUAAUGAAAAACUUCUUAAGAGCUUACAUUGGAUAAAGCAUAUGAAAAGUAUUACAAUACAAUCUACAAGACAAUAUUACAUUCCUGGUGGUGGAUUUGCAAAUGGUCUAUAUGAAUAUUUUAAAGAAAAGGAGAUUCCUUGUACAGUACUGUUUUGUUAUUGUUCAGAAGGAGACAAUGUUUCCGAUGCAUUGAUGCUUUUUAAAGGAUUGAAUGAAUGGUUGAAUUUAGUAAAUGACGAUACUAAUGAUAUUAAACAUCCACCCUCUUGGGAAUUCUUUUUUGGAAAUCCACCUUCUUCUAAUAUGUAUUGAAUUUUAUACCUAUCUGUACUUCAUUAAGUCUGUUUCAACUUUCAGAAAAUAAAUUAUAAAUAUAAAAA